AAUUCCUUAAUUUUCUAUCAAAAAAAAACAGACUUCAUAAAAAAUUCUUUUUCCCUUCUUUCUCUCCCUUCCCCUUCUCUCUCAAAACACGGUGUUGAUGCCUCCAAAAUCUCGACAAUGUCGCCGUCCGACGUCUCCAAUCCAUGAUUUCUAUCGAACAAAUCAGUUUUAUCAUAUGAUCGGACCAAAAUUCAUUGUCACUGAUUGAGAGAGGGUACCUUUUUACUAUAAAAUUGAUUUAUGGAAUUGAAUUUCCAAAAUUUCCUUCCGUUUUAUCUAAUUCCUUUGUGGUUGAUCAAAACUGAAGCCGUUAAUGCUGAAAAAAUUGGAGGAAUGUUGAAUUGAAGUGUUUUGAAUAGUUUUUACGAGGUUAUUCGUUGCGAUUGAUUUUCCAGAUUAGUGUCCCUAUUUUGGAUGUGCAUAUUACUGUAGUUAUUAUAUAUAUUGAUUGUUAUUGGUAUUAUAGGUGAGGAUUUAUUGUUGUAUAUAGCUCUUGAAUUUUGUCUAGUAUUAUUUUGUAAAUUAUUGGUGUCUGAUCAUAUAGUGCUAUAGUUAAUAUUCAUAUGUUUGAUUUUUCGGUUUUGAGCGUGGGUAAUUGGAGUAGUUGAUACCAACAAGUACGAGUUUUUAAGAUGGAAAUAGGGUCUGGAGAAAGGGGUUGUUAAGUUGGUGCUUUAUUGUGAGUGUAGCUAUGAAGAGUAACAAACAUGUGCCCUUGGAUCAAGGGUUGCUGAAAGAGCCCACUGCAGGUGCUUCUAAUAGUAGAAUUCCGGUGGAAAACUCUGCUAAUAAAAAUUAUGUUUCCAUACAGACGGGAGAGGAAUUCUCUUCUGAGUUUCUCCGUGAUCGUUCAACUCUGAAGGUGGGGACUUCUGCGCUACCUGCUGUACAGAAUCAAGAGAUGCUUGGAUUUAAUAAUGAACAUGAUCAUCAGAUGACUUAUGAAGAUCUUACUAGAAUUCUUGGAAUUCGUAGAGUGGAUUCUGAAUGUGGUUCUGAGGUUGCCGAGUUUUCUUCUGCGCAAGGGUGUGCUCCUGAUAUGGAGCAUUGGAGUCGUUCUGAUAGAAGGUGUCACAUAGAUGAUACUUUGAAUGCUCAGGGUGGUUGGGAUGUCAAUGGUGUUGUGAAUUCUAAUCAGGGUAAUCUUGGAGCGAGACUGCCUCCUGUUAGUAUUCCUCAUUCUCCUUCCACGUAUAACCCUUAUGAUUUAGGCUCUUCUGAAGGGUCUCAACCUGGAAAGUUGAGGAUUCUUUGCAGCUUUGGUGGUAGAAUUUUGCCAAGGCCGAGUGAUGCUAAACUUAGAUAUGUUGGGGGAGAAACGCGAAUUAUUUCUAUCAGGAAAAAUAUUUCAUGGGAAGAACUUACUCUUAAGACUUCUGGUCUAUGCAAUCAACCACAUAGUAUAAAAUAUCAGCUACCAGGUGAAGAUCUUGAUGCACUCAUAUCAGUAUCUUCUGAUGAGGAUCUUCAAAAUAUGCUGGAAGAAUAUAAUGGGAUGGAUAAGUCAGCUGGUUCUCAAAGACUUCGGAUUUUUUUGAUCCCUGCCAGUGAAACGGAAAUUCGUGGUUCAGGAACACUUCAACAGGGCAGUCCUGAUUAUGAUUAUGUUGUUGCUGUUAAUGGUAUUGUAGAUCCUAGCCCUCGGAAAUUAUCUGGGGAGCAGCUGUUCCCCGAAUUAGCUAAAACAGGUAGCACAUUAGAUCGUCUUCCAAGCUUUUAUGGCGAAUGUUCGUCAUCUCUUCACCGGGCUGAAAGCAGGGAUGGUCCCAGUUUCUCACAAGCACAUGUUGCUAAGGAAUCGUUAAACACAACCAGGUCACCAGCUCAGUCCCCUUCUUUCUCCACAAAACCAGCUCAGCACAUGUAUUUAAAGACCGGUGUUUUGCAAUGGAAUGAAGAUAACUUGUGGAAACACAGUGGCGAAAGCAAUAUUUCCUUUGCCCAACCAAAUGCUCCCAGGCAGGAAUCCUUUUUUCAGGUCCAACAAGGAAGUGGGGAAUUUAUGACUCCUGUAGCUGAGGAUAGCGAGAAUCUUAAUGGUGGUCAACCAUCUCUUUCGGGCCGACCGCUUCAUCAUGAGAGGUACAUGUCACAAGUUGAUUCUCGAGCCUUUAUGUUGGGAUCAGUUGACUCAUUGGAGUCUUGUCGUGGUAUGAUUCAUGCAUAUUCCGAUUCACAGCUCCAGCAGUAUGGAGAGAAGUCCUCCUAUUGUUAUCCGGAGGGAGAAAGCCCAUCUUCCUCUUUGCACUUUGUAAAUCCAGCUAUAUCUUCUCAAGCAUUAUCUACUCCAUUGCAAGACAAUAUUAUCCAGCUGCAAGAGAAUAUCCAUAUUGUUAAGCCUGAAGUACAUAAUCAACUGAUAGAUAUGGAUACUUCUCAGUCCUGUAAAGUAGUUGAUCUUUCUAUGCCCAUGUGUUCAAAGCCUUUGGAAUGCAAUCCUUAUCUUGAAAGCAGUAGCAAAACUGUUAAUGAUCAAUACCUAACAUGUAAAGACAAGGUUAAACUGGAUCCUAUGAAACAGAAUCCUAAUGAUUCUAAUCUACUAGGUUUCGAAAUGAUGGAUAGGGUUCUUAAUCCGGAUUCUUUGCUUCAAGGAGUGUCUGAGCUCAAGUUUAUGAACGGGGACUUUAACCAUAUCAAUGCGGAUACAGAAUUACCAGAAAUACAGCAACAUGUGGCAUUGACUUCUGCCAAGGCAUUGCUAGCUUCAAGGGAUGUUUUUAAUCAACAACAUGAUUAUCAAGCGGAAAGAACCUCAUCUGAUUCUAUCAAGAGCCAUAAACAUGCUGAAGUUCAGCAGUAUAAUUUCACUGGGGAUAUCAUUGAUGAAGCUUUAGGCAGGUGUUCGAGCACCGUAACGAAGUCUCGUGGUCAGAAUCAAGAGAUCGAUCCAUUUUAUGGGUUAGCGGAUGAUUCUUUUGUGUCUUUUGGACAGCAGCCUGUUGCAAGCUCGUCCAUAGUUCAUCAAAUAGAAUCUAAAGUCCCUGAGCAUUUAAAAAAUUCUGGUGCUUUUGGAGAAAAUAAUUUGUGUCGUUCUGUAGAUGGAAUUGAUCAUUUCAAUGAGAAGCUGGAUAAGCUGGAAGUAGGACAUGGAAAUGAUGUUUCAGAAAAGAAUAAUGAAAUUGGUCAAGCAGAGACUUCAAAUUUGCACAAGAAAAACCAGCUUGAGCCGCUGCUUGUUAUUGAAGAUGUCUCCAACUACAUGCCUGAAGCUGUUAAUUUUUCUUCACUAGCUAAUCCUAUAGUGGAUCUUUUUUCUGAUAUUGGUUCGGAACAGCCAAUUGUGGCUGGUGAAGAUGGCAUCGGCACAAAAAAUUGCUCCGAGGAUUCCAAAGCUUCUGGCUUAAAUAAGGAUGACUCGGACAUUGAUGCUGUUAUGGCUGAAAUAGAAGCUGGCCUCUAUGGAUUGCAGAUAAUCAAGAAUGCGGAUCUUGAAGAACUGAGAGAAUUAGGAUCUGGUACGUAUGGGACUGUUUAUCAUGGGAAAUGGCGGGGAACAGAUGUGGCUAUCAAGAGAAUAAAAAAGAGUUGCUUUUCUGGAAGAUCAUCUGAGCAGGAGCGGUUGACCGGAGACUUUUGGAGAGAGGCACAUAUACUCUCGAAACUUCAUCAUCCAAAUGUAGUUGCAUUCUACGGGGUGGUUCCAGAUGGAGCUGGAGGAACCUUGGCAACUGUGACAGAGUUCAUGGUGAAUGGUUCACUCAGGAAUGUCCUACUUAAGAAGGACCGAUCUCUCGAUCGUCGGAGAAAGCUCAUUAUUGCCAUGGAUGCUGCCUUUGGCAUGGAAUAUUUGCACUCAAAAAGUAUUGUUCAUUUUGAUCUAAAGUGUGACAAUCUCCUUGUCAACAUGAGAGAUCCACAACGACCUAUAUGUAAGGAAGCCUGAUAGGAUGAAUGCACAAGUUUUAAUUGGAGUUGGGAAAUUACUAUGGGAAACUAAUUAAGGGGGAGUAAGUACUUCGUUGUGCAUGUUCAAGCUUGACUCCUGCCGUCCUGCGAUUUCAACCGAGCUCAAAAUUUUUAAGAUUUUUUUGGAACUGCCGUGUUUGAGCUCGCUUGUUUAUAUUUCAUCCCAUCUAGGUUUUAAAUGAGGCUUGUACUUUGAUACUCUUUAGCCUGGAGAUGGCAAAUCUGCCGAAAUACCUGUGUCUAUUGCAGCUGACACGGAUCUGGGAAUGGUAUAUAUGCAGAUCCUUGGGGGUAAACUUUGGUACAGUUUGUUUUGUGCUCUAGCCAUCUUCUCUGAUGAGAUUGUUGCAUGUUCUUUUUACUCUCCCCCCUUUCUCGGUCUUUUCUGCAGCUGUUCUCUUUUUUCUCUCUCCUAGUGCUGUUUUCCCCCUCUCUUGAGUUUCCUGUGUAAAAUUUUAAUGAGAGUUUUUUCCUUCUUUUCUCAUGUUUUUUAAUCCUUUUCUCCUAUUAUAUUUAUAUAAUGACGACUAAGGUUUUAUUCUAUUUAACGAGUUCUUAUAACUUUUGAUAAUUCCUCCCUAUGUAUAUUUUAAUUCUGUACCCUUGUCCAAAUUUGGGAUAGUGCCCUAGUAUUCCAUGUUUUUAAAAUUGUUAUAUUGGACACUUGGAUUUGCACUUGUAUGGCCGUACUCUGUAGUCAUACUUCGAGUCCAAGUAACAUAGAAUUUACAUUUAUUUACUCGAAUCAGCUACUUUGAACAGUUUUUCCAUUUUGAAAUUUGAAAAAAAGCCAUAUAAUAUCCGGCCAAAAUGUUAUAUACACAAUGUUUAAGUCAGCAAUUCAUAUUUUGAUUUAAUAAGUCACAAAUUAUUUGACUAAUAAUCUCGAGUACUGUUUAAUGGAAAACUAGAGUAGUUGAGCAACUGUACCAGAUUUAUUUUCUGAAGGGGAAAUAACUGAGGCUGUCCAUGAACAUAAAAAAGAGUUGUUCAAGAAUUUGUUAUUUGUACGUAUGGGGUUGGUAUUCAUGUGUUGUUUUCAAUCUCAUUUGUUAGUCAAGCUUCCAAUGUUUAAGUUUAACCCGUUUUAUAAAUUAUGGACAAAUGAGCUUUAGCCAAGCUUGAAUUCAAGCUGUUGACCAAGAAUCAGCUUAUUUACAACUCAUGAAAUCAUUGUACGCUUUGUAAAGUGACUUCCCUCUGUCCAUCCCAAUUUAAUUUUUUGACCUGCGUGGAGAAAUGAUCAGCCGUGGUUGAAAUGGAUUUGAAGUUGAGAUAUCCUAACUCUACAUGUGGUUGUUUAAUAACUUGUAUGCAUGGGAGGAAAUGGAGGGAUAAGGUUUCCUUUGAUUGGUACUUUGGUAGCAAAUGGGCUGGGGAGGGAAAUGGAGAAUGAAUUUCUUCAUAUUUUGUAAGAAACUAAGAAAUUACUCUCCAUCGAUGAAGACAUUUGGAGGGAAAUUCAUCACUCGUACCUAACCCUCUCCCUUCUUCCCCCUUUCCCCUUCCAUUUCCUCCUUUCCUAACAAGCUUUAAGAUUUUAAUGGGUAGGGUUAAGCAUUUAGAAAUUAAAACUCUUAAAUCAAAAUAGAGAACAUUUUGUAAGGAAUGAACUUCAUGUUGUGUUAUAUAUUCUUUUAUUCCCAUUUUAUAGGAUUGAACACUAGUAAAUACCAUUCUAAAACUGACUCUGAUAGGUACUGGAUUUAUAAUAUCUCCAUUUUAAGUUCAAUGAAUAAAGCAAUAAUUUGUAGUCAGUAAAAUUUGGAAAUUGUAAUCUAAAAUUCUGCUCUUGUGCACCCAAGCUUGAUUUUUAUAGCUGCUGAUGUCUAUUAGUGUUCAGAUACUGUAGUUUUGUCUUGUCAAAUCUCGAAGUUACUAAUAUGUAAAUCUUGUUCUAUAGCUUCUCUGAAUUCUUCUUUGUUGUCUUCGUUAUGAAUGUCAAUCUGUUGGUUUUGGGAAUGUUUGGUAGUCCAACUUGAAAUAACACGAAGUGUAGGCAUUAUUGCGAGACAGUGAUUAAAAUGUGUUUUUAAUGAAAGUGUGGAAUGGAUUCCAUGCUCAUAUACUUUUCUAUCACUCGAUUGUGAUUCAUGAUAGAUUGAAUGAGAACGUAAAGUAGACAUAGGUUAUUGGCUAACAUAGUGUUUGAUAUACAUAGUAUUUUACAUGACAAUUGUUUUAUCUUUAAGCAAAGAGAAUAGGCUGAUCAAGGUGAAAUAGAGGAAUGUAUGCUAUGCCACAAUGGGGGAGAAUUUUUAUUUAAUAUGUCAUCAAUUCUACAAUAUAACCCUCUCUUGUAGUGCUUGUUUCAUGUUGACAAUGUUGCUUUAGUGAAUGGCCUGCAUAUCAAAGUCUAUACUAUAUUUACCUAAUGAACCAAUCAUAUUUUUGUUUCAAAACAUUGAAAUUUAACAAACAAUGACGAAAACAAGAAUUUCAAUCCAAAAACAAAUAACAUAAUUUUCUUGUACAAACUUGCCAUGAAUUUGCAAAUAUAUAAAAAAAUAUAAUUGAAAUAUAAUCAACUGUUGGUAUAAUUCAACUCAAAAUAAAAAAACUGUUAGUAAAAUUGAUGCUUUCUAAAAUGCUUGGUUUGAGUUACGUUUACCAUUCACAUUGAGUGCAAUUAAGUUUGAUCACUUACAUGAUUUGGGUUUGUCAAGAAAUUAGUAUAAAAUCUAAGACGCAACUCGGGUUGCCCAGAUUCAUAAACCAGUUGUGUGUAUAAAGCAAUUUACAGUUUCUCAGAAUUUACCUUGGGACUGGCUAUUUGUGAUAAGUUAUGGUUGCAGUUUGGCACUUGUUAGCUUUCUUUUUUAUUUUAAUGGGAACAUUGAAUAGGGUCUCAGUUUAGUCAAAUCCAUAUAGAAAAUUUAACAG